UCGCGCAAUUGCAACACGACCAACCAAACACCAUUCUGCCGGUCGCUGUUGCGUGCGUGUUUUCGAGCGAGCAGCACCCUUCCUCCCCUUGACCUACUUGCUUCUUGCUUGCUUGCAGCAGCGGGAUACCACAUUCUCGCAUUUGCUCAGCGCCUGCAUUUUUCAACAGUUCAAGACACACAGGAGCACCGUUUGUUCCAACCCAAAGCCCCGAAGUCGUUGACUGUUCCGGACACAACAAGCAGUUACAGGCAGCGUGUAUUCGAGUAUUACCCGUUGUCUUGUCGCAGCACACUUGACGUGUUCACAAGCUCGUCGACGCGCAAUCAGCCGCCCGGCACCCUUGCAGCACCCCCAUUACAUUUACAGCAACAACUGAAGGAGAUGGAUCAGGAAAACAUCCCGGACGGCUUCCCGCCAACCACGAGCGCGGUGCCGCAGCUCACCAACAGCCAGCUCCCGGCAGGCUUUGUCACGCCGGAGUUUGACAUUGCGGCGCUCACGGUGGAUGAGCUGCGGGAGGAGAUGAGCCAGCGAGGCCUGCUCGGCACGGGGUCCAAGGCCGAGCUGUGCGACCGGCUGUCAAAGGCCAUCUUGAACGGCGAGACGCCGCCACACCGGCUCACAGCCCCAAUUGAGAAGAAGAAGCGGCCGCACACACGCAAGGAGCCGCGCAGGGAAGACUUUGCCACAGAGGAGGAGUUCCAAUCCGUGUGGACCAGGUGGCGGCAGGCCAGGAACAACAACAACAAGUCGGUGAAGAAGUCGCGGGAGAACCAGCGGAAGCGGCGGCAGGAGCACGAGGAGCUGUGCCGGCGCCGCGAAGAGGAAAACGCAAAGAUGGAGGACGAGCUGCAGCAGAUCAAGAGCCAGAUCCAGCUCCUUGUCAAGGCCGUGGCCCAGCCCGACGCCCUGUCGCAGGACCAGGUCACCAACCUGCAGCAGAUUCUCAUGCGCAAGCACGCCGAGUUCAACGCCGCCAAGCGCGCAAAGGAAGGUGACGGCGUUGAUAGUAUUGAUGGUGCUGUGGAUGGUGCUGUGGAUGGUUUGGGUGAUGCUACGGGUGAUGGUGACGCCAGCGCCCGGGCCAGCGCCCAGCAGCCUUGAAGAGCUGUUUGGCAUGAACCGGUCGAGUUGGAAUCGCGUGCACAGGGGAAUCGAGUGCAUGCGCUGUUGAUGCCUGCGUGCCUGCGUGUGGGUUGUUAGUGCAUGUGUUGUUGUUGUUGCUGCGCUUGUUGCUGCGCUUGUUGUUGUUGUUGUUGUUGUUGUUGUUGUUGUUGUUGUUGUUGUUG